AUGCUGCUGUGCGUCCUCCCCUCUCCGUCUCGAGGCGCAGGCCGCCAAACGCUCAUCCACACGACAGGCUGUUGCUCUUCCUCAGACCCCGGCUCGGACGGCUCAGGCCUCUGCGCCUCGACAUCCGUCUUCCCGUGCCUCAGCAGCAGCGCGAGGAACCGCGACCCGCGCGAGGCGGCGCUGGAGCGCGAGUUUUUGGAGCGCGGGUACAGAAAGGAUCCGGGGUCGGGGCGCAUCACGACUGCGCGAAAAGACUCCGAUCAGGCGGAGAAGGCUGGUGGCACGGGCGCGGUUUCGGAUCCGCCGGGGAGGAUAGAGGGUCUGCCGAGAGUCGGGGCCGGUGGCGUGGCGGGUGAUGGGAAUUCUGCUGGCAUCAACUCUUAA